AUGGAGAUGUUCGACCCGCAGAAGAUUACCUUCCUGGGAGAACAGAAGCUGCUCGCUGUUUACGAGGGCCGCACGCUGGACGAUUAUGGCGGUGCCGGGGAGCCUGAUCAGCACGGGGAGCACCAUGCAUGGCCGCAGCUGCUGCCACCCCUGGCAAACUCUGCCGUCAAAAUGCUCAAGAAAUUUGCCGCCGCCGACAAGCUGCCGGUCACGACGAUCAACCAGGCGGCGCCGUUUGGGUCCGGCGAGGAGCUCUAG